CCUGGUGCAGACAGUAUUUACGGAGAGAACUUAGUCUGGAGGUUGAAUGUCCAGUAUUCAACUAUCUCAAGGCGAGUUGGUUCUGAAAUUGCCUUGCAACAAGCACUUCAGUUGCAAACGCGUCACAAAUUUAUACUGGAUGCCAUAUGGAAUAAGAAGAAUGCAUGUAAUGGAAGGAAUACAUGCUCGUAG